AAGAUGAACGGCACUGAAGGAAACAACUUUUACAUUCCCAUGUCUAAUAGGACAGGGUUAGUGAUGAGUCCUUAUGACUAUACUCAGUAUUACCUGGCAGAGCCAUGGAAAUUUAAGGCGCUUGCUUUUUAUAUGUUUUUGCUGAUUUGCUUUGGGCUACCGAUCAAUGGUCUUACGCUAGUUGUCACAGCUCAGCACAAAAAGUUGAGGCAACCUCUAAAUUUCAUCCUGGUAAACCUGGCUUUCGCUGGAACAAUUAUGGUCAUCUUUGGAUUCACUGUUUCGUUCUAUUGCUCCCUUGUUGGUUAUAUGGCACUGGGGCCAACAGGUUGUGCCAUUGAAGGCUUCUUUGCUACACUGGGAGGUCAGGUUUCCCUUUGGUCUCUGGUGGUGCUCGCUGUUGAGAGGUAUAUUGUGGUCUGCAAGCCAAUGGGGAGCUUCAAAUUCUCUUCAAACCAUGCAAUAGCAGGCAUUGUCUUUACAUGGUUUAUGGCCUGUAGCUGUGCAGUGCCCCCACUUUUGGGCUGGUCCAGAUAUAUCCCAGAGGGAAUGCAAACCUCCUGUGGACCAGAUUACUAUACACUGAACCCAGAAUUCAGCAAUGAAUCAUAUGUCAUCUAUAUGUUCAGCUGUCACUUUUGCAUUCCAGUUACAACCAUCUUUUUCACUUAUGGAAGCCUGGUUUGCACAGUCAAGGCAGCAGCAGCACAACAGCAGGAUUCAGCCUCCACCCAGAAGGCAGAGAAAGAAGUGACACGUAUGGUCAUUCUAAUGGUUUUAGGCUUCCUGCUGGCCUGGGUUCCUUAUGCUAGCUUUGCUGCUUGGAUCUUUUUUAACAGAGGUGCUGCUUUCUCUGCACAAGCUAUGACUCUUCCAGCUUUUUUCUCCAAGACCUCAGCCUUGUUUAAUCCUUUCAUCUAUGUGCUGCUCAACAAACAGUUCCGUAGCUGCAUGCUGAACACCCUUUUUUGCGGCAAGAGCCCUCUUGGUGAUGAGGAGUCCUCAUCUGUUUCAACUAGCAAAACAGAGGUGUCCUCAGUGUCUCCUGCAUAG